AUGAAGAAAUGGGCCGAUAAAAAGAGAAGGCCAAGAGAGUUCUCCCAAGGAGACUUAGUCCUUGUGAAGCUGUUGCCGCAACAAUUCAAAACCUUUCGAAGCUUACACAAGGGACUGAUACGAAAGUACGAGGGGCCGUACCCGGUGAGCAAGAAGAUAGGCAACGUAGCAUGUCGGGUCAACUUACCUCCAUCCCUUAAAAUCCAUCCUGUCUUCCACGUGAGCAUGUUAAAGCCGUAUAAAGGGGACGUGGAAGACCCAAGCCGAGGGUUAUCAUCAAGAGCACCGCCGAUCACCACCAAGUCAUUCGACAAGGAAGUAGAAGCGGUGCUCACAUCCGACAUAGUCCGGCGACGAGGGGUACCACCGAAGACACGAUACUUAAUCAAGUGGAAGGACCUCCCCGAGUCAGAAGCAUCAUGUGAAUUCGAGGAGGACCUAUUGCAAUUCCAAGAUACCCUCGAGCAGUACAAGGUGACGAGGACGUCGCCACAACAGGUGGGGGAGAAUGUAACGCCCCGCACCACUUGA